AUGAAUAUUUUUAAUAGAAAACUAACAAAACGUAAUGAAUUCAUCAAACUUGCUUGGCUUUCGGAUCAUCUAAAGCGGAUUAAUGAACGAACAAAUGAACCUGAACGUAUGAAAAUGCACGAAUGUUCUCAACAUGCAAAGCAACAAUUAUGUAUAUACUGUUCGACAUGCUCGAAAGCAAUUUGUGCUCAAUGUAUUUUACCUAUGUUUGAUGGAGAGCAUAUCCACCAUACUCAUUCUCGACUCGAUGCUGCACAACAACGUCUUCUUGUGGCUAUUAAAGAACAAGAAAAAAAUGUACAAUCGGAUUUGGAUCAAUUGGAAAAAUGUAUUCAGAUUAAGGGUUCAAUCAUCGAUCAAAUUAAAACACGUAGAAAAGAAAGCCUCAAUGAACUUGAAGAAUUUCAAACAAAGAUUAAAACUGAAAUUGAAUCUGAAGCUAUGAAAUACCUGAAAAAGUUUCAAGAUGAACAAAAGAGUUUAAUAGACGAAAGGAAUGCUUACAAACAGAAACAAGCUAUGCUAAAGAAAGCAAUCACAUCGUGCAAUCAAAUUGAAUUAUUCAAACAAGAACAAAAAAUAUUUCAACGCCUCUCACAACGACCAAAAGUUCCUAAAGUUGAGAAAGUUGAUUUAUCGGAUGAUAUAGGUGGAAGUCCUCUAGCACUUCCUUGGCAAAUAGGUGAAUUUGUAAUUGAGCAAUUCUCCGUCAAAUAUCGAAAUAGAGAGCUAAUGUCAAGUACUUCAAUUCUACUUGAUCACAAUCAAUAUUGGUCAUUAAUUAUUUAUCCAAAUGGAAAAGAUCUUCGUACCGAUUUUUAUUUUUCUGUUAUGUUCAACUUGAAUAAGGGUGCACCACAAUUGAUUGGUUACAAUCUCUUUGUCGAAUUGAUUCAUCAUCAUCAUGAUGAUAGUAAACAUAACUAUGUUUUAAAAAGUAUUCGAUGGUUUAAAGAAGGACAAUCGAAUGGUUUUGAUCAACAUUAUAAAUUGAACAAUUUAUCCAUUGAUGAAUUUCUCAAUCCGAAAAAUGAUUCGAUUAAAUUUCGUUUUAAACUUCGUCCAUUAUCAAUUUUUGAAGAACGUAAACUUUUUCAAUGGCAAAUUGAGUCUGACAAUGAAAAUAAAACUAAACAGAAUCAAGCGAUGAAGAAAAUUGAGGAUGAAUUAGCUAAUCUACGACAAGAUGACAGAAAAAGAAGACAAAUUAUAAAAGAUCAACAAAUUGAAAUACAGAAAAUGGAAAGAUAUAAUUCGGAAUUUAAACGAAAACGAACACAAUCGAAUGGUGACUCUAGAGAUAAUUUAAAUAAUCAAGAAGAUCGUCGAUUUAAUGAUGUUAAUAUUGUUAAUAGAAAUUUUUCUGAUGCAUUUAAACGAUGUUUAAGACGAAAUAAUGCAUUAUGUACAUAUAAUAUUGAAUAG